CGCAUCGGUUCAAAAGUCAGCUUUCGACAACGGUAUCCAUUUCCAUCAGCAGCCAUGGGUAUCGAUUUGGACCGUCACCAUGUUCGGGGCUCCCACCGCAAAGCGCCUAAGAGCGAGAAUGUCUACCUCCUACUUCUCGUGAAGCUUUACCGCUUCCUUGCCCGUCGUACCGACUCGAACUUCAACAAAGUCAUCCUACGCCGUCUCUUUAUGUCACGCGUCAAUCGUCCCCCCGUUUCUCUAUCUCGAAUCGUAGCCGCCGUAGGGACCAAGGAGACCGCUGAAGCAAACAAGGGAAAGACUAUUGUUGUUGUUGGUACCAUUACUGAUGACAAUCGCCUCCUCAACGUCCCAAAGAUGUCGGUCGCAGCUCUCCGAUUUACUGCCACCGCAAGGGCCAGAAUUGAAAAAGCUGGCGGUGAGACCUUGACUCUAGACCAACUCGCGCUCAGAGCCCCAACUGGCGCCAAUACUUUGCUGCUACGAGGUCCCAAAAAUGCCAGGGAGUCUUUCAAACAUUUCGGAUUCGGUCCACAUAGUGGAAAGAAACCAAGAGUCCAAAGUAAAGGUCGAAAAUUCGAACGAGCUCGUGGUCGGAGACGGUCGCGAGGCUUCAAGGUUUAAGGUGUUUAUUUUUCUAUGGUUCUUAUUUGGGUUCAGCAAAAUAUUUGAGGCGGGCUUGCGAAGUUGGCCAUUGUAGGUUUCUAGUCAAAUUGAACGAGCCCAUAAUGAGUUAUGUUUGACAACUUUACCUCCCCGGAGUUCCUGAACCUUUUCUUUAUUUAUUUCGUCGAAUUUCACCGAGUUUUUUUCCCACCCUCAUUGAAAGGGAAGGGAGAAGCGAAACAACAGUAACAAGGGUUUCCUACAAAGUGAGUAUAGGGUAGUAGUCUCAGCCUGCAAUCCACCAUACAAGGGUGUAACCUACGGGAUAACACUGUUAAAAUUCCAAGACUUGGGAUGGAAUAAAAGUUGGGGGGAGCGGAGAAGCCGCUCCCUCCCCCGGCAAAUUAUAUACGUCAUUACUUUUUCUUUCUGGGGGAAUAUCGAUCAUAUGCGCUCCGCGGCAGACAUUCCCCAGGAAACUAUAUACUUAACUGCCGAUGUUUCCAGCUUUUCCCACCCUCACCUUCAAAAUAAUCACCAGCAGCCUGACCGUUACCCCUAAUUAAAUACUUGUAGAUAGUCAAACCCUCCAAGCCUACUGGUCCCCUCGAAUGAAUCUUGUUCGUACUAAUCCCAACUUCUGUCCCAAACCCGUAUCGCAUUCCGUCAGCUAAUCGAGUGCUCGCGUUCCAAUAAACACCAGCGCUAUCGACACCAGCCAGGAAACGUUCCGCAGUAGUCUUUGAGGAAGUUAAAAUGGCAUCUGUGUGUUUCGAGGAAUGUGCAUUUAUAUGGGCAAUGGCGGCGUCAACAGAGGUCUCCGUGGAUGAAGGCGUGACCGUUUUGAUGGCGAGAGUGAGGUCUAAAAACUCAGUGUUGUAAUCAGUCUCGGUUGCGUCUUGCAGUCGUGCAGAUUGGGCCGCUGUGAGCUUUUCCUGGAGAGCUUGUUUCGAUAAAGCAUCACAACGAAGGCUGACACCUUUUGAGAGCAGGGCCUCCGCAAUGGCUGGUAGCUGAACGGACAGGGCAUCGCGGUCCACCAAUAGUGUCUCCGCGGCGUUACACGCGGCGGGAUAGCCGGUUUUGGCAUCAAUGAUAAUUUUCUUCGCCAUUGACAAGUCGGCAUCCGAGUGAAGAUAUAUCGAGCAGAUGCCAUCCGCAUG